AUUUCCUCAGAUACUUUGUCCGCACUUCUGAUCAGUCUCCAAGCAAAUGGCGUCUUACAGGUGGAGUCUGUCGCGUCAAUUUAUCACAAAUGAUGAAUGAAUCGUGAUAUUUGUUAUAAAUAACAAUUAAAUUAACACAUAAAUAAUAUAUAAUGAAAAUAUGAAUGAGGCGAGUGGUGGAAAACAAGAUUUACCAAAUACUACAAACACAACAACGUGGGAUGUUAUGUCGAGCCAGUCGAUAUCUCCGGUAGCAGGCACAAUGCACCACCAUCACAAUCUGCACCAUCAUCACCAUCCUUCAAUGAUGCAACAGGAUCCUGGCUCUAAUGUCAGCCAAGUUAUUGUACCAACUCCAGUAAAACUUCAACCCCAGCAAAUGCCCCAGACUCAAAAUAUUGUCGAUCAUUGCUCUCCGCUGUCACACUUACAGCAGCCAAUGCCAAUAAAUCAAGGCGCACCAGGUUAUCCGGAAGCUGAAUUAUCAAUAGAACUCCAGCAGCAGGGAUGGAAAAAAUUUUGGAGUAAACGAGAAAAUCGGCCGUACUUUUGGAAUAAAUUAACUGGAGAGUCACUAUGGGUAAUGCCGGGUACCAAACCUCAGUUUGAUCCCAUAACUGAUCCUUUGGGAAUUUGCGGAGGGGGUGCGCCAGUGCCACCAGGAAAUGGCCCGCUGACUCCUGGUACUCCGGGGGGUCCUCUGAAACGACGUGCCUCUGAGGACGGCAACCCGACGGUUGCUAUCAAAAAAUUCGUACUCGCCGGUCCAUGGGAUCUCGAUGUACCAACAAAUGUCAUAAUUUAUGAACGGGCGCCGUCAAAUUUACUGCACGUUCACCCGGACGCGGAAGCUCUUCGUUGCAGUUUGCUGUCAAAAUUACGUCAGUGUUACCAAGAGCUUUGUCAUACGCGCGAGUCUAUCGACGCGCCGAAAGAUUCGUUCAAUCGAUGGCUUAUGGAGCGCAAAGUGAUUGAUUGCGGCUCAGAUCCGCUGUUACCAAGUCAGUGUUUUCCUGAGAUCUCAAUGUCGAUGUACCGGGAAAUAAUGAAUGACAUCCCUAUUAAAAUAGUACGGCCUAAAUUCACUGGAGAUGCCAGGAAACAGCUAUCGCGGUAUGCAGAGGCCGCUAAAAAAAUGAUUGAGUCGCGAUCGGCUUCUUCGGAGAGCAGAAAAGUCGUUAAGUGGAAUGCGGAGGACACUUUUCAGUGGCUAAGACGAACAGUUGGCGCAACUUUUGACGAUUUUCAAGACCGACUUGGGCACUUGAAGCGUCAGUGCCAACCUCAUCUUACAGAGUCUGUUAAAACGAGCGUCGAAGGGAUCUGUUUAAAAAUAUACAAUUUAUCAACAGAUUACGCUAAAAAGGUAAAGGACAAAAAUCAUCAAAUAUUAAAAGAAAAUGGCCUUGGAGAUGUGAUACCUCUAGGUGGGCCAGCGAGUACUCAGCGUAAAGUCUGGUGUUAUCCAGUGCAAUUUUCAUUACCGGCACCGCGAUUACCGCAAAUCGAAUAUCUUCCUGAACGUGAGCAAACAAUGUUACGUUAUCACGGCGACACCAUGUGCAUUAACAAUUCCCAUCUAACGAAACUCGAGCACUUGUACAGGUACAACUGUUUUGAUGAUAAAAAAUUUGAAAUGUUUUUACCGCGUGUUUGGUGCGCACUUAAACGCUACCAGACUUAUCUAGGAAUAAAUGAGGGCCAUGCUACACAAAUGGCAUUGCCUGUAACUGUCUUCGAGUGCCUGCAGAGAUCAUUUGGCGUCACAUUUGAAUGCUUUGCCUCUCCAUUUAACUGUUAUUUCCGACAAUACUGCUCGGCGUUCGCCGAUACCGACUCGUACUUUGGGUCACGCGGACCUUUUCUGGACUUUAGGCCUGUAAGUGGUUCGUUCGAAGCCAACCCGCCGUACUGCGAGGAACUGAUGGAAGCUAUGGUAAAUCAUUUUGAGAGAUUGCUGUCUGAUUCAACGGAGCCGCUGUCGUUUAUUGUUUUUCUACCGGAAUGGCGCGACCCGGCACCGAACGCGCUAAUUAAACUUGAGAGCAGUCAUUUUAAACGGAAACAAGUCGUCGUCCCUGCUAUGGAACAUGAAUACAGACAUGGCUUCCAGCAUAUAUUACCCAAAGGGGAAGUUAAUAUCAGAGCAGCGCACGGUACUCUUGUAGUCUGGCUUCAAAACGCAGCUGGAACAGCGCGUUGGGGUCCAACUGAAGAGCGAGUUGAGUCACUCCUAGAAGCUUGGAGACCAGGGAGAGAGCGAGAACGUGAUCGGCAAGAACUCCUGUCGCCUCCAAGACAACCGACUCACCAACCAAUACCUGCUACUCCGCUGCCUUUACCCUCAACAUGUCCAGCAGCUUCACCGACCAGUCCCUCAAUCGCGACCACUAUUCCACCUCAAUCACUGACAAUCCCCGCGGGAAUUCCUAGUGCAUCCGUACCUACAACUACUAACUCACCCACAUCGACGCUACCUUUGUCUUCAUCUGUUCCAGCUCAUCCCAUUUAAUCAUGAUAAUUAUAAUGAUCUCAUUGGUAAGCAAAAUUAACUUUCACUAUCACAGGUCAUUUAUUUCUUCUUAAAAUUCGCUCUUACUGUCGAUUUAUUAUUUAAUUAUUGAUAUUGUAAAUAAGAAUUUAAUGCACAUGCACUCUAAACAAAAAAACAAAAAAAAAAAAAAGGUUGUUACUGAGUUUUAAUGAGAUAUAUAAAUUUAUUUGCCGUAAAACUCAUGCUUAUUUUUAUUUUUUUUUAGAUUUAAAUUUAAUAGUUUGCUUUUCGCGUUUACUAUUAUUGUCUUUUUAUAUUUUUUCAAUUAAAAAAAAAUAUAUAUAUAUAUAUUAUAUUAUAUUAUAUCAGUUGAGUGUACAUUAAUAUACUAGAUAAAAUAUAUAGAGUAAUUAAAAGAGUUAAUAUUAGAAGAGAAAACUAUUAAAUCAGAUAUAUAUCAUUGUAAAAUUUAUUAUCAUAAUUAUUGUCAAAAAAAAAAAAAUAAUAAUAAUAAUAAAUUGGCGUAACAAUUAUUUUAAAAAAUAUAUUAAUAAAUAUACGUAUUGUAUAGGUGAAGAAAUAAAAAUUAAUAAAAAUAAAACCUACAUGUUAUAAAUAAUUUAUCAAUUUUUUGUUAAUUGUUAUGACGACUAAUUGAUACAGUUAUAGACAUGUAGAUUAUUUAAGGGGGGAAAGGGGUCUGAGAUACAAAAACAAGAGGAUAUUUUUGUGAUUUUUUUUUAGAGUACAGUAGGACCUCGUUAUAAGACUAGCUCGGGGCUGUGAGGGAAAAUUCUUAGAAUUGAGGUACCCCCACUAUUGUGCUUAACAGCGUUUGUGCCCAAACCUCGCUAUAAGACUCGCCGUUUUGCUUUUUAUUUCGGUACUCGGUUCAACUCUACUCAAUUAUACAGUGAGUCUAUUUUAUAUAUAAUCAUAAAUAAACAGAAUUUUGUCGUUAUUUUCUGUUAAUUAAUUCUGCGAUACCACGAAAUUUUAAGUAUUCUUUAUAAAAAUACAUUAAUUAAUCUACAAUAUUUAUGUAUGUACAUUUUAUCUCGAUUUUAGUCGUACUGGUCGUUAGUCUUAUAGCGAGUUUUGGCGCAGAACUUUUAUUGAGUUGUAGGUGGGGGAAACAUUCCGAGCGAGUUUUAACUAAUUGAGGGGAAGGAUCUUAUAACGCGUAGUCUUAUAACGAGGUCCUACUGUAUUUUCUUUCUUAAAAUUUGUGACAUCAUUAAGCAUCACUCCAAGAAUAUUCUGCUAAAUUUUCAUAAAAAAAUAUUGAAAAAUAAGCCAUUGGUAGCAGGGAGAGACGAGUCACCUCAAAAAAAGUCUCCAUGCCGUAGGCAGGAUAACUCAUGACUGUUUCAUCUGAAAUUAAAAAACCAAAAAUAUUUCUUUAGUACAAGUUUAUCUUGGAUUUAAACGGAGAAUUUUUUUUUUUCAAUAAUUACUCAUUUUUUAAUUAAACAAAAGGAGCAAUUUUUGGUAAAAAUCAGUUUUUUGAUUGCGCCUUUACUAAAAAUUCAAAAAUGAAUAUUUUGUUUAUUCCUUCGUUCAAAUCCAAGAUAAACUUAUGUACUAAAGAAAUAUUUUUGGUUUUUUUAUUUCAGAUGAGUCAGUCAUGAGUUACCCUGCCUACGGCAUGGAGACUUUUUUUAAGGUGACUUGUCUCUCCCCGCUACCACUGGCUCAUUUUUCAAUAUUUUUUUUUGAAAAUUUAACAGAAUAUUCUUGGAAUGAUGCUUAAUAAUGUCACAAAUUUUGAGAAUUUUUACAAAGAUGGUACUCUGAAAAAAAUUAAAAAAAUAUCCUCUUUUUUUAUGUAUGUCAGACCCCUUUCCCCGCUUAAAUAAAAUAUUACUAGAUACUUGCCGUGCAAGAUUAAAAGGGACUUAAUAAUAAAAGUAUAAAAAAUAAAUAUAUAUUGAAUUGAAGUAUAAAAUAAAAUAAGAAAAAAAAAUCAUUACAAAGAUAAUUAAAGUUAAUCAAUAGUUAUGGCGCCUAAAGUAAUUGAGUAUAUAUAGACUUAAAUUGUUUUUA